GCGUCUGAUGCAACCGCGCCCCGCGUGGACCCCGCGCCCGCCCCGCGCGUCCUGGCCGGGAGCGCGGCGCCGCCAACUUUCCGCCGCUCGGGCGCGGCGUGGGGUCGCAGAGUCGGUUACAAAGUAGGGGAGUCACAGCUUCUGAGCUGAUAUUGACCCCCAGAUCGAAUUCAGUGACCAGGGUGGUCUCUUGUGAAGACCCCAGAGCCAAUCAGACAGGGUCUUGCUGAGCCACUCAGUUGCCCAGGCGGAGCUCCACCUCGCCACCUGCCUGCCUCAGCCUCCCUGAGUGCUGGGGGGUUGGACUUAUGCUUCCACGCCCAUCUAAGAAUUACAAAUUAAUGCCACAGUCGCUGGACAGAAACCAGACUCCAUAUGCGGCCUUUGGGGACUCCAGACCCAGCCUGCCUCCGCCGCCGCCUCCACCAAGAAAGAAGGCGGGGGCGGGGGCUCUGGCAUCAGCUGUGGACAAUCCCCAAUCUCUGACGCUUCAGCCUCACGACAUGUUGACCUACAACCGUAACAGAGGGGACAAAGUGGAGCCUGCACCCCAGAAUCCCGGAGACCUGGCUCCGCCUCGCCUCCCGGCGAAGAAGGGGAAACAACGCCCCGACCAUGACGCGGACUUCGACGCGCUGGUGGACGACAUGAAAGCGUCCCUGUACAUGACCACCAACAUGCACUCGGACACGGUGCCCCUGCUGCAGAAUGGCCAGCCGCACGCCUGCAGCCAGACGCCGCCCGUCCCGGGCCCGCGGGCUGCGCAGCCGUCCUCUGUGGGCUCGAAGCCGCUGCUGCCGCCUCCGCCCAGCCCGAAGCUGCUGCAGCAAGCACCGCCCCGACCUCCGAAGCCGCAGCAGCCCCCUGCUCCUGCCCCUUCCCUGAAGCCGCUGCUGCCCCCACCGGCUCCCAUCCUGAGGCCACUGCAGCCGCUGCCUCCGGUGCCACAGUCGCUGCCUCCACCUCUGCCUCCAUCGCUGCCGCAGCCGAUGCUGCCUCCACCACCGCCGCCGCCGCCUCAGCCUCAGCUGCAGGUCCCGGCCCAGGCGCAGGGACAGGUCCCGGCCCAGGCGCAGGCGCAGCAGCCACCGCCCGUGUCGCCCCGGCAGUGGGUGCAGCGCUCCCAGCCUGUGCAGAUCAACCCGGUCAGGCGCCUUCUGGAGGAGGACCAGCAGUUCCGAACCUCGUCGCUGCCGGCCAUCCCCAACCCGUUCCCAGAGCUUGGCCGCACUGUGAGCCCCCCUGUGCUCCCUCCGGGCUCCCUGCUUGUGAGCCAGCGCCCCAUAAAGCAGGAUCUUAAAAUCUUUACUGAAGAUGGGACUGGCAAGGUGGUGGAGAUUCUGACAGACAUGACAGCCAGGGACCUGUGCCAGCUUCUGGUUCACAGAAGCCACUGCGUGGAUGACAACAGCUGGACAAUCGUGGAGCACCACCCGCAGUUGGGAUUAGAGCGGUGCUUGGAGGACCACGAGGUGGUGGUCCAGGUGGAGAGCACCAUGGCAAACGAAGGCAAGUUCCUGUUCAGGAAGAAUUACGGCAAAUACGAGUUUUUCAAGAAUCCGAUGACCUUCUUCCCAGACCAAAUGGUCACUUGGUGCCAACAGUCCAACGGGGGCCAGACCCAGAUUUUACAGAAUUUUCUGAAUGUCAAUAGCUGCCCCGAAAUUCAAGGCUACCUGUACGUGAAGGACCUCGGGAGGAAAUCGUGGAAGAGGAUGUAUGUGUGCCUAAGGCGGUCCGGCCUGUACUUCUCCACCAAGGGCAUCUCCAAGGAGCCCAGACACCUGCAGCUGCUGGCAGACUUGGAGGACAGCACCGUCUUCUAUGUCAUCUCUGGGAAGAAGCUGUAUGGCGCUCCCACCGACUACGGGCUCUGCAUCAAGCCAAACAAGGUCAGGAAUGACCCCAAGGAGCUGAGACUGCUGUGUGCCGAGGACGAACACGGCCGCUCCUGCUGGAUGACGGCCUUCAGGCUCCUCAAGUAUGGGAUGCUUCUCUACCAGAACUACUGUGUCCCUGUGGAGAGAAAAACCGCGCUUUCUCCCUUCUCCACUCCGGUGCGCAGCGUCUCUGAGAACUCUCUGGUGGCAAUGGAUUUCUCUGGGCAGACAGGAAGAGUGAUCAAUAACCCGGCUGAAGCCCAGAGCGCUGCCGUGGAAGAGGCCCAUGCCUGGCGGAAGAGAAGCGCUCGGAUUAAUAUGCUGGGAAGCCAAAGUCCCCUUCAUCCUUGUACCCUGAGCACAGUCAUUCACAGGACCCAGCACUGGUUCCACGGCAGGAUCACCAGGGAGGAAUCCCACAGGAUUAUUAGACAGCAGGGUCUCGUGGACGGGCUCUUCCUCCUACGUGACAGUCAGAGCAACCCAAAGGCCUUCGUCCUCACACUGUGCCAUCACCAGAAGAUUAAGAACUUCCAGAUCCUCCCUUACGAGGAAGAGGGGCAGAUCUUCUUCACCCUGGACGAGGGGAACACCCGGUUCUCCGACCUGAUCCAGCUGGUCGACUUCUACCAGCUCAACAAGGGUGUGCUGCCUUGCAGACUGAAACACCACUGCAUCCGCGUGGCCUUAUGACCUCAGACGCCUGCCCGGCGACACCACAGAGAGCCGACACUGGACGGAGGCGAGGAGGACCCCCCCACCCCUAACCCCCACCUCAAAACCUGCGCAGCAACACACAUUCACACGGUGCCAACGACCAAGAGCGACCAAGAGCGACCAGUUUUUCAUGGUGACUUGCUGGCUGUGGACCCCAGCGCCCUCCUGUUUCCCGGCUGGGUCAGGGGAGGCUCGUGGGGUCCCCCACAAGCCCGGAAGAACCUGGAAUGAGCGUCUUGGCUGGACCCCUUGGGAAGGAGAGGAGCAGAGGAAGCAGAAGAGAACUCUCGCCCUGGGAUAAUCUUGAUCCUUACAACUGCUAUGUUUACGUUUUGUGUUGUUCAGUGGACCCCAUGCUGUUGGUGUUGUGCUCAGCCUAUGUAGGAGGGUUGUAGUUUUUUGAUGCGUGUGAGACAGAAAACAUUUCCGAUUGGCAGAUUGCAGGCUGAAAAGGGUCCCUGGAGGUCCCCGGGGAUAGCCCACACCCCCUGCAGGUUGUCACUGUGUGAAUUUGGCUGCCCCAUUACAAACCACCCCCUGCCCUUCCCUGUAUACUUGAAAAGCUUUUUUUAAAAUAAAAGGUGUCAGCUGUGGUCAGCUCCCGGCCCUUCUUGGGGGUGGUCUCGCCGCCAUGGUCCCGGUCUUGCCGUGCUCAAGUUGGUCCUCUUGUCUUUAGGUGUCUAGUUCUUUUGGCGCUGGUGACAUCACCACAUUGGGGAACUCAUGGGCCCCACACAGCCCAGCGGGGCCUGCCGCUAGGGGUGACCCGACCCUCACGGUUUCCUGAGGGCACCCCAGGGGCCCAAGGAUCUGAAAAGAAACCUGCACCUGGUUGGCUAGGUGCUGUAUCCCAACGGUUGCCAUGGUAACGAAGGCCAGGAACUAAUGGCCUGGGGCCCAAAACCUGGCUGCCACUUCACGCCUCUGCUUGGCGCCCCUGCAGCUCCCUCUCUGUAGGCUUUGGCUCUCGGGCACAGAGCCAGCCCAGAGCUGGGUUGAGGACUCCAGGGGUCCUUUGUACGUCCCUUAGCUGAGUCACCAGGUGUGAGGGUGACGGGCAGGGCCCUUGCACAAGCAGAUGACUGCCCCGCCCGGCAGCUCACUGUCCUUCCCCGAAGCCACGCCUGACCGGCUCCUGUGACAGCCAGCGCUGGACCUCCCAGUCCCACCUUGCCUCCCAGGCCCUCCUCCCCUGCCCUCCUGGUGACGGUGACAGACCAGCCGCCAGUGGAUCUGGUGUAGAAACACUGUAUCUUAGUUUACAGCCCACGCUCCAGUUGUGUCCGUGAGACGUCUUACCUAUGCGAGUGAAGAAUAUUUUUGCAAAACGUGCUUGUGGCCAUCAGAUGUGCGCUCGAUGGCACUUUCUUCCCCUCACAGCCAGUUUCUCAUCCCAGCUGUUGACUCUGAGCUCACCCUCAAGUCCGUGCCUGGUGGUGUGUGCGCCUCCUCCAUUCUGUGUGUCAGGGGUGGGGAUGUCACUGCUGCCGUUUUAACCUUUGUCACUGGAUGGAGGUCAAAUCUUUAGGG